AUGUGCGAAAGGUGCCUGUUUUCAUUCGCGAGCGGGAAGGAUUCCGAUUCAGAGACAUAUAAGUCUCUUCUAGGGAUUCUUCAGAGGGAUCUAGAAUUCUUUGUAGAAGAUGGACAAAAAGUUCACUUGAGCUUGAAGGACGAUGGGAUCAUGCAGUUUGAGAAAGGCAGGAUUCACAAGUGUGCAUGCUGUGGAGCGACAUCAACCAAGUCUUCCGUCUCAAAGGGGAAGACUUCAGGCGCCCACUUGCGAGCUCCGGCCGCCUCACCGCGAGCUCAUCCAAACACCGCAUCAAAGAAUGAGGAAUCCAGUGGUCUUGAAUCGCCUCAUGUCCGAUCCGCAGCACUCAGGCUUCUGUCAGAGAAUGAAGAUGGCAGUGGAAAAACUCUAAAGAUCAGAUUAAGAGAAGAAGCAAAAAGUACCUCUUUGCCUCCAUUGGCAGAAGGUGAGGAAGGAAACAGUGAAACCACCCCCAAAACAACCCCCUCUUUUGCAAAGGGUAUCAAGUUCUUUGGCGAGUCUCCAAGAAGCCCAACUUUCUUAAAGGGUGGCAAGUUCUUUUGGCUCCCAAUUUCAGACUCUCCGAGCAACAGUCCUAAAUUGUCUUACAAGAAAUCGCCACUGGAAAAAACUGAAAUCGCCACUGAGGUUGCAGAGGGAUCUACUCAGAGUAGGUUCUUCUGGGUUCCAAUAACAGAUUCAACUUCUACAAGCACCAGCCCCAGAUGGACUACUAGGAAAUCACUACUGGAAAAGACAGAACAGGCUGGCGAUUCUAACGAGGCAACUGCUCAAACUGAAGGAGAUGAUCCCAACUCGCUUCUUAAAAGGCAGGUUCAUAUGGAUCAUAAAUCACUCAUGGCUCUUUGCAUGGAGUUGGAUGAAGAAAGGAAUGCUUCGGCUAUUGCUGCGAAGAACGCCAUGGCGAUGAUCACCCGCCUGCAAGAAGAGAAGGCUGCAUUACAGAUGGAUGCUUUGCAAUAUCAAAGAAUGAUGGAGGAGCAGAUAGAGUAUGAACAAGAGAACUUGCAAGCAACCAAUGAAAUGCUUGCUAAACUAGAGGAGGAAGUCAAAGCUUUAGAAAGCGAAUGCGAUGUUUACAGAAACAAGUAUGGAGCACUUCCGGAGGAAGAGAUCAAGGAAGCUCAAUUAUCUCAUGCUGAAGCCGAAGGAGGUGAGGAUAAUAAUAAUAAUAAUGGAGAAAAUGACCCCAAGAAAGGUGUUAAAGCAGAGAAAACAUAUCUUCUUGGCCGGAUGCUGAAGAAGCCAGAACACAAGAUAGAGGUGGCGGCAGAAAGUGGAGACCAAUCCUUACAAAAUAAGAAUAAGAAGCCAGAACACAAGACAGAGGUGGCGGCAGAAAGUGGAGACCAAUCCUUGCAAAAUAAGAAUGUAGCCGAGAAAGAGAAAGAGAAAGAGAAAGAGAUAGAGAAAGAGAAAGAGACAGGUGAUGAAACAAACACUAGGUAGCUUUGAGAUUUCUACUACUAGUGAUUAUUUUGGUUACUUCAUUCCAUCCCUCACAAUGCCUGUGUUGUCUAGGGUUUUACUAGUUUUUAUUACUAUUUUCAGUACUUCCCUAUUCUUAUUAUUAGCAUGUACUUCUAUCUCACAUGUAAUAAAUCCAAAUUAUACUACUGCUGUCUCUGG